UGUUUUUUAAGUCCCAGCACGGACAGCUAGGAAAAACUUUGAACUCUUGGUCUCACCGGCCGUUUUUUCCCGCGCUAUGUGCGUCGCUUGGAGACACAGACUCGCUAUCCCAGCGUUGGCUAUUUUAGUGUUUAUAGUUUGUGGUGCUCGGGCAGAAAGUGAGGUGCAGUUUGCAAAACUGGUGUAUCCUCGGGGAAACCAGCGGGCAGUGGCUGAUGGAAAAACAGCCUAUCCCCACUGGGCAAUAGGACACCUGAUGGGGAAGAAGAGCAUAGAUGAGCCUCUGGGCUCGGACGAACUAGACGGCAGAGGUGAGCAGUAUUUAACUGCACCAGAGGCUGAGGGACACACGCAGCCGUCCAGAUUUCUGCAAGCACUCAUCACCGCUCUGGCUGGACCAGAGAACGAACGAGAGAGAGACGCCAGUCUGAGACAGCAGCGUGCUCUGGAGCAGGGGAAACUGUUGGAACAGCUUGAACGAGAGAGGGAACAGGCAGCGAAGCUUUUGCUACUGGCUUUAAACAUGAAAGAUGCCGAUGCAAGUUGAAAACGAGCCCUCCUCCCUGAUUUAUCAGAGACUCUUUGUAGUUUGAAGCAGCUGAAUCAAGAUAACAGUGCAUCCCAGCUGUCUCUGUUAGUAAAAUAAAGUA